AUGGUGUUUGCAUCCAGCCCGCCUUCAUUCGCUUACCUAGUCCCAACAGUCUGGUUCGACCAGGAGUUUGACGGCUGGGAGACGAUCUGCCCGCUGUUGCUCUCUCCCCAAGCCAAGGUCCAACCCCUGCUCCGAUCGCGGCGACUCGUGUCCCCGUCCCCGAGCAUGUCGAGCGACGACGAGCCGACAGCGACAAACGGGACAACACCUCGUGCCGCUGCUACCAAGGCGGCUGUUGCUGCCUUGCCCGCUCCCAUCACUGGCGGCGGCGGCGGCGGCAACAGCGCACCCAACUCGGCUGGCACGGGUGACUCGCCGACCGGGCCCGCGAGCUCGAGCAGUUCCUUCUGGCAAUCCUCCACCCUCUCUACAGAACCAAUGUCGACAGAAGCAGCUAACGGUACCAAUGGUACCGCGCCACCACGUUCGCGAUGGACUAAGGCUCGCUCCACGUCCACCGAGUCGUCAUUGUCCCUCUCGGGCAUGACCACGUUAGGGUCCAUGUACAACCAGGACGGGUUCCCCAAUUACCCUCCUGCGCAGACGGACAACGGUGAGAUUGCGCAGCUUGCAAUGGACGACGCCGCCAUCGCAAAGCAGCUCGCCUUGACUGACGAGGCGGUCCGGUCGAUCAACGGGACACCCGGCGUUGUCCAGGCACGCAGCCUGGGCAUGAUGGGUGCGCCUUCCGGCCACACAUACGAGCUGCCGCGAUCCAUGGCCGCGUUCGUUCACCGACACACGAGCGGAGAAGACCGAGACCUCGCCACUGGACGGUCGUUUGUGUCCUCUGGCUCGUCGACAUCCUCGGAGGAGUCGGAACACUUGGCAUCCGUGCAGUGGGUCAAGCAGGUUUCGGCACCAUCCCCAUCCUACUCGCCAUUCAACUCGUACUUUGACCGCCGAGAUGCCAACCCCAACAUGCCCCCUCCGGCAUCCACCCGACGUGUAGCUUCGCCACGAAGAAACGGCCAGUCAUUGCCGAACGGGCCCCAGUCCCAGCCUCAGGGACUGUCAUUGCCUAGCGGUCCUCAGCACAGUGCCUUGCCGUCCGGAGUUCCAGGAGAUGCCCCUGGCGACAAUGACGACGACGACCAGACCGUCGGUGGUGUUGGCCGCGAGGGCAGCCCUUCGUCCUCAUCUGCUAGUGGCCUCGACCUCUUGUCCGUCGCCGCGGCCCACCACGACCGCAACCGAUACAGUACCUCUGCGAAGCGUCGCAACGGAGCUGAGGCUGUUGCUCAGUGGCGCGAGAGUGGCAUCCCGACUGGCACAAGCCGCUUGACAGAUGUACGCGCCGGAUCCGGUGGACGCGACUCACCCGGCUACGAGAGCACACCGAGCGACGGACAAGGCCGAGGAGAUGCACCCGCCGAGCCACCGAAGAAGAGACGACGAAGCGAACUACAGCUCGAGCAGCCCGACGCUCGUUUACGGCAAGUCACGAGUCCCACCGAUAACGGUGCCGAGUCGGAAGGCAACUCGAGUUACGAGGACGGAAGCGGCGAGGACAGCGACUAUGCUGGCAAGGGCCGUAAGCCUGGAGUCAAGAAGAUCUCCAAGCCUGCCAAGAUGCGAGUACGGGCGAUCCCUGUGCCCGCCGCUCCGCCGUCCGCGUCUGCGUCCAACACUCCUCCGGCGGACAAGAAGAAGGGCCGCAAAUCAUCUCCUACCCCUGGAUCCGCCAAGUCCGCUGCUCGCCGCCUCAGCGAGAGCAGUGGCAAGGCGGGGGCCCUGGGAGCGGGCGUUCAGUGCGAGUACGUCAAUCCGCUCCCACCCUACCAGCGAUGCCCCGACAUCUUCACGCGCAAGUAUGACAUUCCCCGACACAUGGCCCGUCACGCGCGUCGCGAAGGUGACUUGGUAGCCGAAGGCAAGCUCGCAGAUGACAAGGCGCUCUUGUGGAAAACCAUUCGAGACAAGCCACGGAUCCGUUGCAAGACCUGUGGCGAGUUCUUUACACGCCAGGACGCCCUCAAGCGACACCAGGCCAAGCAGCACCACCACUAG